AUAAAUUACACAAAAAGAGACCUCUUCCAAUUUUUUCCGCCUCUCACCUCUUUCACCAUUCUCAUUUUUUGAAUAAAAUAAUAAUAAAUAAAGGCAAAUCCCACUUUCCAUAUUCUAUAAACCAAAUCCAAACACUCUUCACACUCUUUGCCUCAUCUCACCGGUACACUAUUUUCUCUCUUCUCUAUCCUUCUCAAACUCUCUUCUAUUCUAUUUUAUUGCACCUACUUACUCUUACUACAAUAUAUUAUCCAAACCCUUGGGAUCAAUAAACAAACAAAAUAUUCAUAUUCAUUUUUAUAAUGAAAGGUGAAUACGCAGAACAACAACAACAACAUCAAAAUCCAAACAAAGGAACCGAAACACCACCACCUUCAUUACUAUUCUCAAAACUUCACCAAUCAAAUUCUCAAAACAAUUCAUUAUUUCAUCCUUUUCAACUCUCUCAUGAAUGUCAAACAAUCGGAGAAGACAGCACCGGCGGUGGCGGUGCUCAGAAACCGAACUCAUCCGGCGAUGGUGCGACAAUCGAGGUUGUUAGACGACCUAGAGGACGUCCGCCUGGAUCUAAAAACAGACCAAAACCGCCUAUUAUAAUAACACGUGAUUCAGAACCUGCUAUGAGUCCUUUUAUUCUAGAAGUUUCUGGUGGAAACGACGUCGUUGAAGCUAUUUCACAGUUUAGUCGUCGUAAGAAUAUUGGUUUAUGUGUUUUAACCGGUUCAGGAGCAGUUGCUAAUGUUACCCUCCGUCAACCGUCAACUACACCUGGAACUACCGUUACUUUUCACGGUCGUUUUGAUAUUUUAUCUGUAACCGCUACUUUUCUUCCUCAACAAUCCGGUGGUGGUGGUGGUGGUUCGCCGGCUGUUCCGAGUGGAUUCUCGAUCUCGCUUGCUGGACCGCAAGGACAGAUCGUUGGUGGAAUUGUUGCUGGAAAUUUGAUAGCUGCGGGAACGGUUUUUAUUAUUGCUGCUUCGUUUAAUAAUCCUUCGUAUUAUAGGUUGCCUUUACAAGAAGAAGAUGGAAACUCGGUGUCUGGCGGUGAUGGCAAUUCUCCGGCUGUUUCCGGUGCGGUGGAUAGCGGUCAAGGCGGUGGUGAUCAGUCGUGUGGGAUGUCUAUGUACAGCUGUCAUAUGCCAUCAUCUGAUGUGAUUUGGGCUCCAUCUGCAAGACCACCACCUUACUGAGAUAAUCAUGAUGAUAAAUCACAUUUUUAUUUCUUUGCUUAAAAAACUUUGUUGCUUAUUAUGCUUAUUUUAUUUUUAUUGGUAUUGUUAUGUUUAAUUAUUUUGUAAACAGAAAUUAACAAGACUAGAUUAGAGUAUGGUAGUUAUUUAUGUUUGCUAGUUAGCUAGGUUGGUUAUUAAUAGCAUUGGUUUAGGUAUAUUCGUUUUGUUCAUUGUGUAUUAGAUUGGUUUACUUUAUUAGUAUGAGUGUACUAGUUGCGUGCGUUUGUUGAUUGUGCUUUCUCUAAUGCUUUAUUAAUUGAUGUAUUUUUUGACGAA